UAGUAAGCAAGGUGAAGCUACUGUUAACUUAGAAAAACAAUAUGGCAAAAUUGUUCGGUAUCAUAUCAUAUUGAACAAACCUUAUUUAUUGAUUUUCGAUCAAAAACUUGUCCAACAAAUAUUGAUAAAUCGUUCAUACGAUUUUCCAAAAUUCUUCUUAAACAAAAAUCUUACGAGAGAUCUUGUUGGGGAUGGUAUUUCAUCUGUUAAAGGAGAUGUUCAUAAACGACAGAGAAAAAUGAUGAGUCCUUCAUUUUCCUUUGCCAAUGUCAAGGAAAUGCUUCCAAUUUUGGUUCAUGCUGCCUAUAAUUUAAGAGAUAUCUGGAUAAAACAAAUUGGUAAUAAGAACGAGGAAAUAGUUACGAUUACUGAUAUCAUUUCAAAUAUAACGUUAGAUAUUAUUGGUAUUGCUGGAUUUAAUUACGAAUUCAAUUCUACUACUACUGACUCUGAAUUGGCUCGAGCAUAUCGUUCAGCACUUGUUUUCAAUCCUUUACUCGUUUUUAUUUCCGAUAUUUUUCCAGUCAUCGGAAAAAUUCCUUAUUUCAACCGUAAUAAGGAUUCUGUUAAAACUAUCCAUAAUAUUUCAGAACAACUAGUUAAUGAGCAAAAAAAUUCUACUGUUCGCGGAAAGAACUUCUUGUCUUUAUUGAUACAAGCAAAUGAAAAAUUGCCUGAUGAUGAAAAAUUAACACAUCAUGAAUUAGUUAGUCAGGUUAUGACAUUACUUUUGGCUGGGCAUGAGACAACUA